UCUGCCUGACUUCUAUAAAGACACCGGGUGGAAAAAAGUGCGUCAGAAAACAUGAAACAUAGCGGAUCGUUCUGAAUGAAUGUUUUCUACCAAUCAAUGAUGCCUAAACUGCUUUUCUCCAAGAUUCGGAUCUACGAAUUCAAGGAGCUCAUUCGCAACAAGAAUCAGACAAAAACGCUGGAUGUUUUGUUAAGUAGGAAAAAGCAGAAAAGCAACAUCAGAUGUGUUUUGACUCAGAAAAAGACUGAAGUCUCUCAUUCUCCAUUACAGGACCAUAGGCAAAAGUUGGCUGAUCUGCUAGAAAACACAGACUACCUUGCCGCCUUUCAGUCAUUCCUGCAGUCUGAGUUUAGUGCGGAGAACAUUGAGUUUUGGCUUGCCUGCAGAGAAUACAAGCAGAUCAGAUCAACGGGAAAACUCUCAAGCAAAGCAGCAGAGAUCUACAAAACAUUCCUCCAUUCUACAGCUCAGAAAGAGGUCAACAUUGACCAUUGCACUCGCGAGGAGAUCAAGAGAUCGUUGGCCAAGCCUGACCUCGGGUGUUUUGACAAGGCAGAAAAGCUUGUGUACAGACUGAUGGAGGAAGACUCUUGUCCACGCUUCCUCAAAUCUGAAGCUUUUCAGAACCUGAGGAACAUGAGCAGGAACCCAAUGUAGACCUGAAAGUUCAUUCCCUGAAAAAGCACUUCUGAAUGAGCUGGCACACUGAAAGAGGACAUGCUGUGGGCACGUGGUUUAGAGGAAAUGACUGAGGAGAACAGAAAGCGUGGCUUGCAGACGCUCGACUUGAUUGUGUUUGAUUGAUAAGAUGAAUGAGAAGAAGUAAAACGGAAAUCAUCUAGAAUGGAGGUUGAGGAGAGAUGAGCUGGUUGUUUUUUGAAAUGGGCGCUUUUCUAUAAAUUAUAGUUUUGAAAGUCAAAUUCGAUUUCAGAAAAGUUGUUCUAGGGCAAAAUAAACAUGACUAGUGUUUGAGUCACAUG